AUGAAUCCCUCAGUUUACGGCGAAAAACCGGCGACCGGAAUCCCUGUGGCACCCGAACCUUGGUCUACUGGAAUCUGUCACUGUUCCUCCGAUACCACAACCUGGUGCAUAACUUGCUGGUGUCCAUGUAUUACAUUUGGACAGAUUGCAGAGAUCGUCGACAAAGGAACAACUUCUAGUACCACAAGUGCAGCUUUGUAUUUCUUGAUAGGAACAUUUACAGGGUGCGCAUGUAUGUAUUCAUGUUUUUAUCGCACAAAGAUGAGGAAACAAUUCAAUUUGCAAGGAAGCACUUGUGGUGACUGUAUGCUUCAUUUCUGUUGUGAAAGAAGGGCCUUGCGUCAAGAGUACCGUGAGCUUCAACAUCGUGGAUUUGACAUGGCAAUUGGUUGGCAGGAAAAUAAGGAGAGCGAAAACAAAGGGAUUGCAAUGGCUCCGAAAGUGCAAGAAGGAAUGUUUAGGGAUGGGCAUUCGGUCGGUCCGAUUCGAUUUUAG